AUGGUACUGAUGAACGACUGGAGCGCUCGGGACAUCCAGAAAUGGGAAUAUGUUCCACUUGGACCUUUCUUGAGUAAGAACUUCGCCACAUCGAUCUCUCCAUGGGUGGUGCCGAUGGAGGCGCUGAUGCCGUUUGUGCUUCCCAAUCCAAUCCAGGAUCCCGUGCCUCUGCCGUAUCUCCAGGAUAAGAGUGAUUACACAUUCAAUAUUAACUUGUCUGUCUGCCUUCAAGGUAAAUUACAUCGACUAAUGAUUGUGUAUUAUCGAUCCUUGUGGAGGUACAUGUACUGGACUAUGAAGCAGCAGCUGGCCCAUCACACAAUAACCGGCUGUAACGUUCGUCCUGGAGAUCUUUUGGCAUCGGGAACCAUAAGUGGACCGGACCCUUCAAGCUUCGGCUCAAUGCUGGAACUGUCAUGGAGGGGAUCCAAGCCAAUAGAUCUUGGAAAUGGUCAUACUCGGACAUUCUUGCGGGAUGGAGACACUGUUAUUAUAACAGGUUACUGCCAAGGAGAAAGCUAUCGAGUUGGAUUUGGAGCUUGCUCAGGAACAAUUCACCCAGCUGUAUAA